AUGAUACUUCAUCGAUACCGCAUUGAUUUGAAAUCACGAUCUUCACCAUCCGAAAAUUCACAUCCAAACAAAUCCCGAUUAACACGGAAAAUUAUGGCGGUUUUCGUAAGCGAAUCGGUUUCCAGAUGGAUUUUGGUUUUCUUCAGUUUCGCUGUGUUGUCCGUCCGAUCGGAGAGCUGUAAUUAUGUCACACAUUUUCUCACGAACAACGGGCUGUACACCCUAAACGCAACCGAUUCGGUCAUGUUUCUCCCCACCAAUUAUAGUUACAUAAAAGCCGAAUGGGAAAACUCUUGUCCGACCGGAAAUUGCACUACCGCCAACGAGAUUCUCUACGGAAACGAGAGGAUAACGUCGCUCUCAAAAACCAAUUUACAAAUAAAGGACGAUGAAUUGACUAACGCGAUUUACAACAGUUUAGUCGGUAACACGCUUUUGAAUGACGUAAUAAUCGUGUUUCCCAACAGGUAUGUCGUCAGGACAAACUCCGAAAAAUUGAUCAUCUUCAUGAUAAAAAUCGGCUUUGAUGUUUCAAUCGCAAGUCCAAAAUGCGAUACUAAUGCAUUUCAGUAUAAAUCGACCUUGUCAAAAAUAAAAGGGUUGGUUUGUGUGAGUAGAUUUUCCUCCUCCGAUGGGAGAAAUAAGAUUAAAUGUGAUAAUAUCACGUUGUUUUUAAUUCCAAUCGUAGAAAAUGGUAAACUUGACGCUGAGGUAAAAUGCGAUAACAGACGUAAAGAUAACGCACAAGUAACAAAACAUUCAGCUGAUAAUAAGCGGAAAUAUGUGUAA